GGUGGGCGAGAAAGAGGCGAACGUGGCCCGUGGUGAACCCGUGGGCCGUCCGUGCCUCUCCACCGAUAGAUUUCCUUUCAGUCAGCUACGCCGAAACUCGCGUCCAAAGUGGCUAAGAGCGUAAGUCCUCGUCGAGUGCACCAAGAGUGCUCGAGCGGCGGGGAGGUACAGGUACAGGUGCAGCAGGAGAGACGUGCACCGAGGCGCAUGCCUUACCUGGGGCCUGAUAUGACAACCCGGCUGUCCGCCAUGUUUUACACGGUCGAAGUCGGGGACACCAGAUUCACCAUUCUCAAGCGGUACCAGAACCUGAAGCCGAUCGGUUCCGGCGCACAGGGAAUCGUCUGCGCGGCGUACGACACGGUGACCGCGCAGAAUGUGGCGAUCAAGAAGCUCUCCAGACCAUUUCAGAACGUGACGCACGCAAAGAGGGCCUACAGGGAGUUUAAGCUGAUGAAACUGGUCAAUCACAAAAAUAUAAUUGGCCUUUUGAACGCGUUCACGCCGCAGCGAUCGUUGGACGAGUUUCAAGACGUUUACUUGGUGAUGGAACUUAUGGACGCGAACCUUUGCCAGGUGAUCCAGAUGGAUCUGGAUCACGAGCGCAUGUCUUACCUUCUCUAUCAAAUGCUCUGCGGAAUCAAGCACUUACAUUCGGCCGGUAUAAUUCACAGGGAUUUAAAGCCGAGCAAUAUCGUGGUCAAGUCGGACUGCACGUUGAAGAUUCUUGACUUUGGCCUGGCCAGGACCGCCGGGACCACGUUCAUGAUGACGCCGUACGUGGUAACACGGUACUACAGAGCGCCAGAGGUGAUCCUGGGGAUGGGAUACAAGGAGAACGUGGACAUUUGGUCGGUCGGAUGUAUCAUGGGCGAGAUGAUUCGGGGCGGUGUGCUGUUUCCCGGCACCGAUCACAUCGACCAGUGGAACAAAAUAAUUGAGCAACUCGGAACGCCGGCGCAAGAAUUCAUGCAGCGGCUGCAGCCGACGGUGAGAAAUUACGUGGAGAACAGGCCACGAUAUCCGGGAUAUCCGUUCGACAGGUUAUUUCCGGACGUGUUGUUUCCCUCGGACUCGUCGGAGCACAACAGAUUGAAAGCCAGCCAAGCCAGAGAUCUAUUGUCGCGCAUGCUCGUGAUCGACCCCGAACGACGCAUCUCCGUCGACGACGCUUUGCUGCACAAUUACAUAAACGUGUGGUACGACGAGGGCGAAGUGAACGCUCCUGCACCAGGACCGUACGACCACAGCGUGGACGAGAGGGAGCACACGGUGGACCAGUGGAAGGAGCUGAUCUACCAGGAGGUGAUGGAGUACGAGACGAGUCACAAUCCCGCGACGGUGGCUCAGACGUCCGAGAGCGGCGGCUCCCGGUAGACACGGAGUAAAACAUUGCCAGCAUUCUCCUCGAGGACGAAUCUAGACUGUCCGAUUUAUCGUACACACCUGAUACGAUGGGAUGCAAAGAAGGGAAGAAGCGAGAAAUAGAAACCGUUCACGUCCAUGGGAGAGACGUACGUUAAACGAAGCGAAGCGGCGUUUUCGUUCGAGACGAAGAUGGGAAGACGGGAAGACGGGGGCGAGGCAGACGAGAGGACUGCGAAACGAACGAGAACGUGUAAAGAAAUUCGGUUUCUUUUUUCUUUUCCGAAAAGGGAAGAAUUGCGACGAGAGCCUCGCUCCGAAGAUGCCGUCUGAACGCGAGUGUACGAGGCAUAACGAGCGCGCGUUGCGAAAACCUACGCUCCUCUAUCCCCGUAACCAAAGCACACAGACAGUCUUCUUGCUCCUCUUUCCUCCUCCGAGAUAUUCCUCCUCCGUACAGGAAACGCGCAUUCGUUCGCAACGAACGUUCCCCGCUUACACACGAUCGAGCUUAAUAGAAAUUUGCAACGCGUUGUCGAUCGACUUCGCUCAUAGACAAAGAGAGAAAGAGAGAUAAAGAGAGAGAAAGAGAGAAAGAGAGGAUGGCCACUUUUCUCGCGUAUUCAUUCGCGACACGGAACUAAAGUCUAUCGCUCCUGCCUGAUGAUACUUUGCGUCCUUUUCGUUUCCUUGCCUGCUAUCCCUCUGUCGUCUUUGCAGCUCCUCCGUUUAUUUUUCGUUUCGUCGUUCGAUGCACGGCGAUACCAAGAGAAGCGAAUACGGUAAAAGAAUUUAUUCUUCGUUGCGCUAUCGAUUCACCGAUGGGCUUCGUUGUUCGAAGAGUUUAAGAGGGAAGGAAGAGUCAAAGACUAGCGGUAGCGCAACGAAAGAGAAAAUUUGGUGAACGAUUCGAGUCGUGUUCCGGCAUCGAACGCGUCUAAGAAGUAAGCUGCUUUUGCAAGGAGUGUGACAGAAACGUAUAUAUCGUAAGAGCGUAAAAUAAGAUGUCGUCGAUCGUAAAAACGCAGUUUUCUACGUAAUUCCGAAUGCGUCCGACGUGUACAGGGUGUCUCGUUUAAAAAGAAAAAAAAAAGAAAGAAAAAAAGAAAAAAGCUCGAGUGUUCCCUUUUCAGAGUACGAAUUUCAAUUUACCAGGAUUACGCGGUUUAAUCGACGAACGAAAUCAUUGUGUAUUUUUAUAUGCGACCACUCCAAACGCGUGCUUUUGUCUCAUCGUUUUCGCGCGCUCGUACGCCACCGAUAUUUUGUAUCGCCAACUUUGUACAAUCGUACCGUUUCUAAAUUAAACGCUUAUCCCCUCGGCAGGCAAGGGGAAGCGUGGCAAAAGUUGCGAACGAGGCGAACGAAACAGCGUCCAGCGAACACGGCUAAGCGGAGGAAUUUACCGAGAGCUAUCGUAGAGAAAAGGUCGUCGAGCAGCAUCGGAUUCGCGAUCGAAUCCGUCAACAUUUCCGAAUGCAUUGACAGUGCAAUGUCGCGGCGAUUAAUCCUCGAGUAUUACGACGACGCGAUUCGCGGUUAUACUUGUCGAAUGUCUUUAGCUAGUUAGUUCCUUAGGUAACUCGUUUUCUUUGUGCAAUCGUGCGAUCGUCGUGCCAUUGCACGACGACGAAUGCCGACGCGAUAUUUAGAUUAUACAUAUAUAAUAUAUAAUAAUAAUAAUAAUAAUAAUAAUAAUAACACAACAACACUAAUAAUAAUAAUAAUAAUAAUAAUAAUAUAAUAUAAAUAUACAAAUAUAUAUAUAUAUAUUAUAUUGUAUACACGAGAAACGCUAUACCGUAUUUCUUGGAAUUUCGCUGUCGACUAAUAAAACGGCAAUAAUUGGCGAAGCUAAUGUUUCGACGACGAUCGUUCAUAGCCGUGCGAUCGUGCACGCGAUACACGAACAACAAUACGAUUCGUUUCGGCGUUCCUUCGUUUGCUUGCUCGUCGUUCGAAGAAUCGGUUUCGCCGCGACGCAAUGCGACGCGGUGUUCCUCGACCGACGACUACGACGACGACGACGACGACGACGACGACGCUCCGGCCAGCAGCGACCCUCACACUUUACCGUUAACGCAUAUUUUAGCAGAGGAACCACGAGCGUUGCCUGUUUCGCAAAGACCGUACAUUCUAAAGUUAAGCUCGAACAAGUGGAAUGCGCGUGUUAUUACAAAGCGACGUGUUUCUGGCAAUAUCUGUACAGUAGUCGAACCGUGUUGCGAGACUGAUUGGGGUUUUUUGCUUUUUCACGACGAUGACGACUAAGACGAAAGAUUACGACUACGACUACACAGGUUAUUAUUAUUAUUAUUAUUAUUAUUAUUAUUUUUACUUGUAUUAUUACUAUUAUUAUUAUUGUAUUUUAUUUGUUUAUUAUUUUAUUAUAAUAAUUAUUAUUCUGUUCAUUAUUAUUAUUAUUAAUAUUAUUGAACAUUAUAGAACAUACCGUAUUUAUUACGAUUCGUAACGAAUCGAGUUGUCGACGAUCGAGAAGACGAUGAACAAUUGUAAUGUAAACGUUGAAUUUUUAUUUUCCAACGACGAUAGUUAUGUGAAUAUAUUGCUACAGUCCGAUCCAAAUAAUCAAGCUUUUGUAACACUAAUUAUAAUAAAGUAACGGUGAUACUGCUAA